AUGCACACCUCCACUGAAAAUCUGGCUCAGCAACAAACAUUUUGGACGUUCAGCCGGUCUUUGCUGUGGAAGAACUGGCUCAUCAAGAAGCGCCAGCCUGCUGCUACCGCAUGCGAGAUCCUCGUGCCCACCUUCUUCAUAGUACUGCUUGGAAUUUUCAAGCUUAUCACGAAGACUGUUGACGUACCGGCCGGCUGGAGUGAUGACGCUGACAAUACCGCCAGCACCAGGUACAACCUGUUCCAGCCGACUGGGCCAAGCUUCGAGUGGGUUGACGUUGACUUGCCUAAAUUCGCGAUGUACGAGUCCACGAUGACCGGUCUCAUGCUAAAACUUAGUCUAUCGAGGAUGGCCUGCGGAGUGCUGGCUGGAGGUCUGGUCGAUACGAACACGUCGUCGCCCUUCAGCGUUCCGACUGAGUGCGCCGGAAAGGUUGUGCCGUACAAGAUUGGCGUGGCACCGGACAAUGCUUUCACUCGCAACUACUUCGCAGAGGCCAUGAAUUUGUGGUACCCUCGACUGGAUCUGAUGAACUCAACGACCGAGACGCUGACGAACCCGUCGUUCAAGGAAAGCAUCCAGUUCUUCGACACGAACGACGCACUGACGGACUAUAUGAAGAGUAACACGUACGGCGACAAAGUCGGCAGCCCCAAAAUAUACGCCGCGAUUGUGUUUGACUCGGCUCCGUCGGGAGAUGACAUCGGGACGUUUGGAUCCAUUGAGUACUCGCUGCGAUUAAAUGCAACCCGAGGUGAUGGUAGAGACUCGGUGGGUCGCGUGCCGACCACGGAUGGUGGUCUUACACUUGUCACCCGUUUUGUAACGUGUAUGCCCGAAUGGAACUCUGCCAACCAGUCGACUACGUGCAUCUGUCAGCGCUCACAGACUACCGCAGUCGCAUCAACAGAGCUUGACGACACUCUUCUCGAUGUUUUGAGCAACGAUGGUUUGAUCAAGGAGGCGCUCAAUGGGUUGGGCCUUUCCGAUAGUGCUGCUCUGUCGACUGCUCUGGCCUCGUUAUCGAGCAGUACCAGAGAAGCUCUUCUAACGCCGCUACGUCAAGCGCCUCAGCCAAUCAUGGGAGCUACGGUCGCCCCGUUUCCUGUUGACGACUACACCAGCUCUCCAUUCUACGCGAACGUGGCCAGUGUCUUUUCGAUCGUCUUUAUCAUGGUGUAUCUGUUCACUAUCUCGCGAAUUUUAGUGGUGCUUAUCCAAGAAAAGGAGCUGCGUCUACGAGAGUUUAUGAAAAUCCUCGGUGUGACUGAGAAGACCAUCACCUUGACGUGGUACAUGACGUACGCAGCGAUUCUCUUUGUCGGUGCUGUUGUCCAAGCACUCGCCGGUCUGGCAGGACUCUUCCCCAACAGUUCAUUGAUCGUCACCUUCCUCUUUUUCUUCCUGUUUGGACUGAGUGUGCUGGCGUUGGCUUUCUUCAUCAGCACUCUGUUCAGCAAGGCUCGUGCCGGUGCGUUCGUGGGAUUGGUGGCAUUCUUUGCCAUGUACGCAGUUUCGCAAGGAUUUUCGACUGGCACAGCCGAAAGUGCCAAGACCAUCGGCUCCACGGCUUUGAUGAUGUUUGUCUUUGACACGAUCCUGUACACAAUUCUCGGUCUUUACUUUGAGAAGGUUAUGCCCAAGGAAUACGGCACGUCGCUCAAAUGCAAAAGCAAGUAA